AUGAAGGACGCGGAAGCUCAGACCAGUGAAAGGGAUUUCGCUGUGACUGCUCGUAGUAUGCUGACUCCCGCGGAGAAUCAUUACUGCCGUGCAAUUUUGUGCUACAUGCGUAAAUUGGAGCCAGCCCUCAAGUAUGGGUACGGAAAUGAGAAGCGUGUUCGUAAGCUGAUCCUGAAAACUGUCACGGUUAUUUCGGGUCUAUGCAGACUGGUGGAUGAUUUUCUCAAGGCCGAGCAGGCACAAUCAAUCCAAUUCAAUCAACAAAAGGAACACGAAGUACAAGACCAAGACCAAGACCUUGAUUAA